AUGUCUGCCCACGAGAAAUUCUGGGACACACCGGAGCUGCUCGAAGAGAUCCUCGUCCGUCUUGGUCGUAAAGACAUUGUCCUCUCGAUCCGUGUCUGCAAGCGCUUCCAAGUCGCCAUCAAUGCCUCAACCUCUCUCCAGAGCGCAGCAUUCGGCGCUGGACUGGAGAGGCUCCUCCCAUUAUAUCGCCAACUCUUCACAUUCUCUUACCUCGAGGCCAGCGACCAGCUUCUCCUUAUCGAUGACAUCACCCACCUGGGCGCAAUCGACCGCAAGAACGGCUACUGGAAGGUCGGCCUCUCACUCGUCACCACCCUCACCUUGCCACGCCUUACACCGUCCGGAGAAGCGAAGCCAAUAUACAUGAUCGCGAUGGCCAAGCAGCAACCAGGGCGCUCAUAUCUCUCUGAAGAUGGCCAGGCCGUCUUUCGCAAGGAGAUUGAUGCCGCUUUUCCUUCUUCACCUGUCCCGGUUGACCUGGAGCUUGCCAUCAUCACCAACCGUCAGGUCGGGACGCAAGAAGACCCAGUCCAGCAAGUGGUCUACCGCGUUCUCGUCUCACUCAAGCCGGUCCCAUUUGGUAUUCUCUUCCACGUCUUGAAGGCGAUCAAGCAAGCCCUUCAGUUGCCACACCGUCGCAAGGAGGGGAAGCUGAACCUCACCGCGGAUUUUGCCAGUGUUGUUGGACUCGGCGCUGAUCAGCUUACGUUCCUCCGUGAUACGCCAACGUACGUGCAAGAGCACUGGAAGAUCUGA